AUGAUCAAUUAUUAGUAUAUCAAACUAUUAAAUUUUAUAAGAGAUUAAUUUUAAAAAUAAACAACACAAAAUCUAAGAAAAGAUUAUCAAAUGAAAAUAUCAAAUAUCAGUUAAGGUAGCUCCUUCAUGAAUUCAAUUAAAAAGUUUAAUAUUUAAAUUUCAGUUUUUGCUGAACUCCAGCUAAUCUAUAAGCAGAAUUUUAGAUGA